CCGAUUGUGUCGUUUGACAGCUACUCAACAAUCGCUGACUAUUCUCACAAAUAUGUGACCACUUUUACGCCAAUCGGCGACUCUUUGCCCGAAAACAUACAUUUGUUGACAUUAGAGAAGUGGUCAGAGCGGGAAGUGUUGGUCCGUUUUGAGCACAUGUAUGAGAAAGACGACAACCACCGGCUCUCCGAAGCGGUUGAGUUUGAUUUGGGAAAAGUGUUGAAAACACUAAAUUUUGUGAAAGCCGUUGAAAUGAAUUUAGCGGCCAAUGAGUUGUUGUCCGAAACUAAACGAUUGAAUUGGAAAUUAAUGUCUUGUGACAGAAAUAAUGACAAUUGUUUUAUCAAUAAAUUCAAUGGUCAGUCAUUUAAUGGCGACCUAACCGUCCGGUUAGAGCCCCAACAGAUCCGUACAUUUAUUCUCACCAUAACUAACACCUAUCACAAGGAGGAGAAAUGUUCGUACGAGUGGCGCAAAGCAUACCCCAGAGAUAUACCGGUCGACGCAUAUGUAGCCGGUUAUGACGAAACCCAAUCCCCGCUAUAUGUGUGCAGACAUACACUAAACGGGGUAUUAAUAGCGGGAAAAGCAAACAAACAUUUGGGUUGUGUUGUGACGGACGCCGGCAAAGAGGUGUACAUUGAGGGGUCGUUUGAGGUGUUGACGGCCCGUAACGUCCAAUGGGUGCCCAGACAUGGAGAGGACCCCAUACCAGACGGCGCUCUAUUGGUGGGCACUAACGGCGCGCUCAAUACUAACACAUAUAUCGGUCGCUGUGGGACACAAAACGCCACAAUUGUCGGCAAAAUUGAUUAUAAAUUUUAUUAUGGAUUUCACGGCUUAGAGAAAAAUGAUUGCGUAAAUCACGAUAUAUUGGUUUGCAAUUAA